AUGGAGAACCAUUUUUAUAGUAAACCUGAUAUUCGGUUGCACAAACACCGAGCUAUGGUCUUCAUCCUCGAGACUCAUAAUAAAGAACCUCCCGAAAAACUUGUCGGAUACGAGGUUUCGACAGCACUUUGCCUUAAAGGAGACGGAACAUCACGUCGUUUUGGAUUCAUCGGAUAUCGUACACCAAAAGUAGCAGAACUCGCGUUACAAUAUUUCAAUAACACGUUUAUCGAUACUUCGCGGAUCAUAGUCGAGUUUGCUAAACCUGUGAACGAGAAACUCUUAGAAUAUCUUAAAGUCAUGCAACCACGCUCUAAGACCAAAACAUGGGGAAAUGACGAUGCUGAUUUGGAUGCUUUAGCGAAUAAUGGUAUACAGGGUGAAAAUACCAAAAAGAAAACGAAAGAAAAGAGUGACGUUGGAAAAAAGCCAAGUAAAAAACCAUCAUUAAAGAAGAACGGAAAAUCAUCAAAUUUGAAAAAAAGUAAUAAUACAUUAAAACAAGAACUUUUUGGUAUAGAAAAAUCUGAAAAAGACACCGAGGAAAGCGAGAACAGUGGUGAAAGUACUGAUGAUGAUGACAACAACAAUAAAAGCGAUGACGAAUCAAUAGCAAAAAAAGAAACAUCAGCUUCUGAUAUGGAUUGUGAAGACCCGUCCAAAGAUUUUAUUGAAGAUGAUAAAGAAACACAAAAUUUUAAUUCCACGUUCGAUCAGAAUAACAAUGAAUCGAAUAAUAGUAAUUCAUUACACAAGAAUCCAUCACAACCACCUCCUGAAGAAACAAUAGCAGAAACUGGAAGACUUUUUGUUCGUAAUUUACCUUAUAUUUGUACUGAAGAAGAUUUACGAAAAGAGUUUCAUCAAUUUGGUCCAUUAGCAGAAGUUCAUAUACCAAUAGAUCGGGAGACCAAAAAACCUAAAGGUUUUGCAUACGUACUUUAUCUUAUACCAGAACACGCGGUAAAAGCUUUCAUAGAACUCGAUAAUAAAUUCUUUAUGGGUCGAUUACUGCAUAUUUUACCUUCUUGGGAAAAGAAAUCAAGUUCUUUUACACGUGUUGAUAUUCAAACAGACAAGAAAUUAAGUUUGAAGAAGGAAAAAGAGAAUAAAUUGAAAUCUUUGGCUGCUAAUGAUUUUAAUUGGAAUACUUUGUACAUGAGCAGUGAUGCCGUUAUGGAUUCAAUAGCAACUCGGCUCAACGUAAAAAAAUCAGAGAUUCUGGAUCCAGAAUCAGAAAAUAUGUCUGCUCGAUUGGCACUGGCAGAAACCCACAUAAUACAAGAGACGAAACUGUUUUUCGAAAAACAAGGAAUACGAUUAGACGCGUUUUCAAACACUAAUAACACUAGUAAAGAAAGAAGUGAUACUGUCAUAUUGGUGAAAAAUAUCUCUUUUAAUACUACGAAGGAAGAGUUGUCGCAGCUGUUUGGAUGGUAUGGUGAUAUUGGGAAGUUGAUACUGCCUCCUUCGAAAACUAUGGCCAUCAUCGAAUUCUUACAUCCGACUGAAGCAAAGGCCGCAUUUUCCGGUCUUGCAUAUAAAAAAUUCAAAGGCGCGCCAUUAUACCUCGAAAAAGCACCCACAGAUAUCUUUAUUAAAGAUCCUAUAAACCCACUUUCUUCAGCCGACCUCGUUGAACCAGCAAAAGACACUCAAGACAACGCAAUGAUGGAUUUAGACGAACCAGAAGUCGCCACUUUGUUCGUCAAAAAUCUCAGUUUCAAUACUACCGAGGAAACACUAUGUGCCGUGUUCAAGGAAAAAACAACGGGAGUCAGAUCGAUUCGCAUAAAAAUGAAGAAUGACCCCAAGAAUCCUGGUAAAAAAUUGAGUAUGGGAUUUGGAUUCUUAGAGUUUGAUAAUGUGAAGAAUGCAAAAAAUGCGCUUAAACUUAUGCAGAAUCACGUGUUAGACGGUCAUGCAUUACAGCUGAAGUUCUCGAAUCAUGUAGCAGCUUCAGUCCCGAAAAAACGUAAAGAAAAAAAAGACCCGGGGAACAAACAAGUAUCAACUAAAAUUAUCGUAAAAAAUCUAGCAUUCGAAUCAACAAAAAAAGAUUUACGGGAAUUAUUUAGCGCAUACGGACAAAUUAAAUCACUUCGAGUCCCAAAAAAAUUCGACGGCACCUCGCGCGGGUUUGCAUUCAUCGAAUUUCUCACAAAACGUGAUGCACAAACCGUCAUGGAAAAUCUGAGUGCCACUCAUCUUCUGGGACGGCAUUUAGUGUUGGAAUAUGCUGCGGUGGAACGAGAUGACGAUGUGCAGGAAUUACGUGAGAAAGUUGGCCGUGAUUUUGCAAUGCGACAAGGUGGAAGUGAUGGACGAGCAGCUAAACGGAAAAAAGUUGAUUUGGAAGAGUGGGUGAAUGAGCAAUCGGACAGUGAAUAA